AUGCGCAUUUGCCUCCUCGCUCGGCAAACCACAUUCAAGUUGCUUGCUCCAUAUGUGCCGAACCUAACCUAUCUUAGCCUUAACAGGGUUCGUAGUGCAAACACCCUAGUUCUUUAUGAGGGGUGCUUCCCACAUCUGAAAACGCUUGUCUUCAAGCGCAUGCCUGAUGUCAGCGAGCUGAACAUCAGCGAUCGUGCCCUUCCACAGAUUGAAGGUAUAUAUGCUGUGACACUUCCAAAACUUAACAAGGUCCCCCAAGGCAUCGAAUCCCUUCGCUCUCUGAAGAAGCUAUGGCAGCUGCAUCUGCACCAGGACUUCAAAGUUCAGUGGCAUAUGAACGGAAUGCUGGAGAAAAUGCAGUAUGUUUCAGAGCUCCACAUAUAG